AUGGGAACGGUUAAAUCAACGUUACAGAAACAAUCACAAAAAAGAAAUUCUAAAAUAAUCAAGAAAACCAAAAAUGAGACUGAACAUCACGAAGAUCCGGUGUCUCAAGAGAAUAUGCUUGCACCAGUAGUGUCACCACCAGAUCUCGCAACAAUUCGUAGUAAACCUUUAAUCCACGAAGAAUGGGAACUUUGCAGACAAUCAUCAACAAUACCCGAGAUACUCGAAUCUCUUCUUAACAUAGUAAAUCACUUGAACAUUUAUUUUGGGACUGAUAAAUUAUUGGUCAGAGAAAUCACCAAAUGGAUACACAAGCAUGACGACAACAUUGAACCACGGAAACUAAUAGAAUUUCUCAAGAUUGAAGUAUCAAAAGAAGAGAAACCAAAAUACAUUUCGUUGCUGGCGUUCUUUUAUUUUUUGGGUAUUGGAACAGCCGUUAAUCAUAAUGAGUCGAAGCGAUUAUAUGAUAUUGCAGCGGGAAUGGGUGAUGGUGUUGCACAGUGUCAGUUAGGAACUUUUUUUUAUUUCGGAAUUGAUUGUAAAGUUGAUUAUGAUCUAGCGUUUCAGUUUUUCAUGAAAUGUGCAAAUCAGGGUAUUUCGACUGGCCAAACGUGGGUAGGAAAUUGUUAUGAGCAUGGAAAAGGAAUCGAAAAAGACUUGGAAGAAGCGUUUUAUUGGUACUCAUUAUCUGCAAAAUGUAAUGACGCAUCUGGCCUUUACAAACUCGGAUACUGCCACGAAAAAGGCAUCGGCACUCCAAAAAAUUCAUCGUUAGCCGCCGAAUGCUAUCUACAGUCAGCAACGCGUGGAAACGCAACGGGUCAAUACAAACGGGGUCAGUGUCUUUUGAAAGCAAUUGGUGUACAAAAAAACAUUCACGAAGCGCUGUUAUGGUUUCAUCAAGCCGCGCGACAAGGAAGCCUUAGUGCGAUGAAUCAGUUGGGAUGUUUGUAUAUGAGCGGAGUAGAGGCGGAGGGAAUACGCAAAGAUGUGCGAGUUGGGUUUUCAUGGUAUUUGAAGGCAGUUAAAGAAGAUGAUGGUGUUGGUAGACGAGAUUCGACGGCACAAUUCAACAUUGCGGUUUGUUAUCAGAGUGGUGGGAUGGGAUUUAUUCAAAUGACCACCACACAAUACCUCGGUGCACCAUUUUUCAUUAAUCCACUUUCAGAUGAAACAGACACUGAUAACGAGUCAAAUUCACAAAAUGACAUGACUAUAAGUAUAAUAUCAAAUGACAAUAUUAAUGCGAGUCAGGAAGCAUUACAAACAACGCGAAUAGUUGCACGAGGACUGUACGGGAUAAACGAAAAGCGCCAGGUUGAUUCACAAGAGACGAUAGUUGCAAUACCGGAUUCGCGUGAUUCAGGUCAGAAUCAGACAUCAGAAUCCUCGGCUACUUCAGAAUCUACUUCAGUAACAAGAUAUUUAUUGUUAGUUAUUUUUAUGUUGUCGGCAGUAAUCGUAUCUGGGAUAGCCAUUGUUCUUGUCAUGAAGCUUUUGAAUCCAGACUUCUUGACUUAG